UUAUUAUUGUUUAUCGACUUGAAGACACCGUUACAGAAAAGUUAUCUGAAAAACUGACUCACAUGAUGGUUUUUUUAACGAGAUUUCUGUUAGUUUCCAACAAGAUCAAGGGGAGAUUUCAGGCUGGAAAAAACCGACACAGGUUCAUUGAUCAAGUCCGCAUCUAUGCCAGGGGAGGAGGUGGAGGGCAAGGCCAUCCCAAGUUUGGUGGAAUCGGAGGGAGUGGUGGUGACGUAUAUGUCCAGGCUUUGCCUGAUGAAACGCUGAAAAAUGUGAAGUCUUCCAAAAGGGAACAGCGUUAUAUUGCCGGGCCAGGAGACAACAGCAAAGCCCGGAUUCUUCAAGGUGUAAAAGGAAGAGAUUUGAUCAUCAAGGUGCCUCCUGGGGUGUGUGUUACAGAUGAUAACAAUCGGUUACUGGGAGAUUUGAACAAAGUUGGAGACAAGGUCUUAGUUGCUAGAGGUGGGGAAGGUGGGAAGCAAAAGAAUGAAUGGAGUGGAGCUAAAGGAACCAAAGGCAGCUUUAAACUCAUUUUGAAACUGAUUGCUGAUGUUGGAUUUGUUGGCUUCCCCAAUGCUGGCAAAUCAACUCUUUUGAAAGCUGUUUCGAGGACUGAGCCAAAGAUAGCUGAUUAUCCAUUCACUACCAUACGACCACAGGUUGGAAUUGUGGAAUAUGGUGAUAAACGGCAGAUCAGUAUGGCUGACCUUCCCGGUCUGAUAGAGGGCUCCCAUCAGAAUAUGGGAAUGGGACACCGAUUCCUCCGUCAUGUUGAACGCACCAAACUCCUUCUCUUUGUCGUUGACGUCCAUGGCUUUCAGCUCUCACCCAGACAUGCUUAUAGGAAUGCUUUUGAGACAAUAAACAUCCUAAACAAGGAAUUGGAGCUGUACAAGUCUGAACUAGUAGAAAAGCCAGCGAUCCUAGCACUGAAUAAACUAGACAUGGAAGGAGCAGAUGAGUUACUCCAGGAAACAUUAGAAGCCAUCCAGAACAACACUGAAACAUCGCACAGUCAUCCUGAUAUGGUAGAAGGCACCACUGAGGAGAAUGGAGAAGUCAGAAAGCCAAUCUCUUUUGAAGACAUCAUCCCCAUCUCUGCCAAAGACGGAGAAGGACUAGAUAGAUUAAAAAGCAGAGUUCGGGAAGUGAUUGAUGAACAUUAUGAGAAAGAGAGAACUGUUGAAGAAGAGUCGGAGGGUGAUGUUGGAAGGAGAGCAACUACUGGAGUAUUAUGAGGCAGGUCAUCCAAUCUUUUCAUUGGUCUACCGGUAGGCGUCGCCGAAUUGGUGCCUGUACCACCCCCUGCCCGGAGAUGGCGACAUAUGACAACCCAGGUCCCGUACAGAUCGUACUGGCCUAUGUUCUAAUACAGGAUCUCUGUGCAAUGUUCAAUUCAAUUCCCAAAGAAUAAGAAAUAUGAAAAAGUUAAAGAGGACGAUGAUUUUGAUGAGAAUCAGUUUAUCCAAAUAUGCAAUAUGUCAAAACUUUUGCUAUUGACUGGCUCAGUUGGUUGGCUGUCACAUCGUGUCUGGAGCCAAGUCUGUACUGGUCCAGGAGGGCCAGAUGAAGCACCAACCGUGGGAGGGCAGAGAUUAUAAAAUGUUCAAACUCCCUUUGGUGCGAUGUGUGACACAAGGGUUCUCAAAAAGGAAUGAUACCCUUGGUGCUAGGCUAGUGCAAAUACCAAGUGUGGGGACUUCAGAAAACUCUUCCACAACAUUUUCAACCUGCAAAAUUGCUUUUUUUUUUUUUUUUAAUCACUACCCCCUAGGAUGCAACAAGGACAUGUUUUUUGGUGGUGGUAUUUUACCUGACUGCUAAGAAAGCAUAAAUGCUUGUAAGUAAGCAACCAGAUGAUCGACGGCUUUAGGUCCUGUCCGAGGGACCUGGUAAUGAGGAUUAAUGCCUUACCAAAGGGCACUAGCGCAUCGCCUUGGUUUUAAACCCUGGUCACCGGAUUACGAGACCACUGCUCUACCGACUGAGCUAUCGCGCCUGUUUCCGUUAAUUCAGACCAUUUCCUGAAUAGACAUGCAUCAGAGGACAAUAACGAUAAAACUGAUUGAUGAAUCUGCUAAUCAUUUCUCUGUGUUGGAUAAUUAACAUACAACUGUACUAGAAGAUACUCAAGUACCAUGUUUCUUGGGGAACAGACACUGUUUGUGAAAUUACAGCAGUAACUCUCUUUGAUUGUGGUUUUUAUUCUAGGGCAACUAAACAAGAGAAUUGCUUGUAUAUUGAUUUGCAAUCUAUUUCUCUGUGUCGGUGAGCAUGCAACAUACUCCAAUAUGCUCUUUGAGCAAUUAUAUUUCAUAAUACUUCUGCUAUAUGUAUAACAUCUGACUAAUUUUUACCACGUUUCCUCUAUGUGAAAGAUAUAUGCCUUCUUUCAACAAUUAUGGAAUUUUAAGUUAGCCCCCCCCCCCCCCCCCCCACCCUAAAAAAAUAAAAUAGAAACAAUAAUGCAUCAAUGUAUCAAAUUUAGCAUUGAGUCAGAUUAUGAAUAUUAAAAUGUCUUUAUGAAUAAAAGUUGAGUUUUAAUAUUGCCAUUUCAUACAUGAAAAAAUUAAAUAAGGAAAAGGAAGUACAUAUGUCAAUAAACUUUGUAUACUUGUGUCAAAACUUGAAAUGUAUGAAUUAAAUAUAUUAUAU